AUAUUAAAAAAGUCCAAGAGACUAAAUUAACAUUUAUAUAAAUUUUAUACUAAAUUGACUUUGCGUAAUAGAUUAACUAUAUAUUAAUUAGUUUUUCUCUUGGCAUGUAGGAAUGCCCGGGCUCACAGCUUAUGUUGGAUUUUAUGAGAAAUGCUCCCCAAAGAAAGGGGAAAGUGUUUUCGUAUCAGCCGCCUCAGGAGCCGUCGGGCAACUCGUCGGCCAAUUCGCUAAGCUGAUGGGUUGCUAUGUUGUUGGUAGUGCUGGCUCUGACGAAAAGGUUGACUUGCUCAAGAGAAAGUUAGGCUUUGACGAGGCUUUCAACUACAAGAAAGAGUCUGAUCUCAAU